GUGAUUUUCCUGCCCAUUUAGAGACUUUUCAAAAAGUCUCUAGAUUUUUCAACUGGCCAUUAGAUCUGGCAACUGGGGUGACGUCUGCUAAGAGAGUACCCACCGAAUUAUCCCAUUGAUCCUGGAAAAUUAUCCCUGAUUUUCCGGAUGCCGAACCCAUGCUAAGUGUUUACCAUGGACUGCACUGAUAUAACUUCUGCUCCCUUAGUACCAAGCAAACAUGAAUAGCUUGAUGAAGAAGGGUCUUCUGGCUGCCUCAGUAGUAGGCACUGUGGUUGGUGGAACGGUGCUUCUUAGGGACGCCGGCACGGCGCCCAAGUUUAGCACGGAGGCCCGGCUGGAUGGCCGCACGGUGGUGGUGACGGGCGCCAACACGGGCAUCGGCCGAGAGACGGCGCUCGACUGCGCCCGGCGCGGCGCGCGCGUCCUGCUCGCCUGCCGGGACAUGACCAAAUGUGAGGAGGCCCGAAAGUUCAUCGUACUGGAGACUUCCAACAAAUACGUAUACUGCAGGCACUGCGAUCUGGCGUCACAAGAAUCGAUCAGAAAGUUCGCUGAAGCCUUCAAUAAAACCGAGCCGCGUCUGGAUGUUCUGGUGAACAAUGCUGGCGUAAUGCGCUGUCCGCGGCUGGUGACUCUCGAAGGCAUCGAACUUCAGCUGGGUGUCAACCACAUGGGGCACUUUCUGCUGACGAACCUUCUGCUCGACAAACUAAAGAGCAGCGCUCCCAGCCGGGUGGUGAAUCUCGUCAGUGUGGCUCACCGCCGCGGCGCCAUCGACUUCAAGGACCUCAAUAGCGAUAAGGAGUACUCACCCGUCGAGGCGUACAACAACAGUCAGCUGGCCAACAUGAUAUUCACCGUGGAGCUGGCCAGGAGGCUCAAAGGCACGGGUGUGACGUGUAACGCCGUCCACCCGGGUCUCACCGCCACCGAGCUGAGUCGCCACAUGAGCUUCUACAACAGCUGGCUGGCGGCCGUGGUGGUGAAGCCCCUGCAGUGGUUCGUGCUCCGGACACCCGCUCAGGGCGCCACAGCAGUCGUGUACGCCGCCGCCGAGCCUUCGCUCAGUGAGAGGACGGGAGAGUACAUUAGUGAGUGCGAGGGCACCACGAUAGCUGAGGAGGCGCUGAACGAGCGGCUGGGAGCACGCCUCUGGGCCACCAGUGCACGGUUGACGGGUCUGACGGCCGGGCCCAGCAGACCCCCACCCGCCGAGUCCGCCCAAACUUCCACAGAGUCCACACCCGCCGAGUCCACAUCCACAGAGUCCACGUCCACAGAGUCCACCGGCGCGGCCGCUGACGUUCCCGUCGAUGUGACCCUGGCAGCGGCGACGGUUACCAGCGUGGCAUCGUAGCGUGCUAGUCAAAGGUGGAAUUUGAAUGAACCGGCUGUUGAAAACACCCUGUGAAUUGGUCAAUUAUGUGCCAAUAAGGGCAUUUUGUGAACACAAGCCUACAGUCGUCGAUGAAUAAUUGACCUGGUGCGUCGUUUGAGUCGCUCCGUCGGCUGGGUGUACUCCGGCCAGGUGCUAUUUCUAUGGAGCACUAUCUGGCGGGUGGGCGAAACCGAUGCCGGGGUGUGAUAUUUGUCAGGGUGCUCGUAGCGCUUUUAUUUAUACGUGGAAUACAGGUAUAUGUGCGCAAGCAUGUCUGUGACGUAUUGGACUUCAGCGCAGUGCAGCUUCAGCCUAUGUGGAUACAUGGAGCACUUAGCUAUGGAAGUGGAUACAGACUAAGAAAUCGUUAGACCACAUGCUCAUGCUCACGAACGAUUUCGUCGUGGUAGACCUGGCUUAUUGCUGUGGACUGCACGGCCGGUCUUCAUGGAAUAAAGCGCUGUGCAGUGUGCACGCUAUUUGGUACAUACAUUAGAUAUUCACGACCA